AUGAUUUCGAAUAUAUCAGAUGCUCAAUGGAUGGUCUAUAAUUCAAGUGCUGGUCCAUAUGUGGCUGUUGUAAAUACAAUAGUUUUCAAUGAGGUCAUAGAAAUUUUUAUGCAGGAACCAACUAAUGUAGCUGGUAUUUUGUUAUAUGAAAAUGCUACUGAAAGACCUGAUUUCUUCAGUCCGGAAACUCAAUGUCCAAAUGAAAACUCCGUUGGACCUGACGGCAAGUGUGCUGGCGAUGUUGUUUGGAAUGAGAAUGGUUCUGGUCUUUUGAGGAGAGAUAUACCUUUUCCAAUAUUCUUUCUGCCAAGUUCUAGAAUAUCAGAAAUAGAUAAAAUUACACAGUGUCAUGAUAGAUAUAAUCUUGAUAAGGAUAAUCAGAAAGGCAGACCGUUGUGUUCCUUACAAUUAAGUUCAUUUAUGUAUGCUGCUGUUAAUACUGCUGUGUGUUUAAGGAGGUCAGCAACUUCAAUAUUUGGAAUAGCUAUUAAGAUGUGUGAUCCACUCGGGGAUUACAAUGUAUAUUCUUCUCUAUUCCCACGGCCAAAGGAAACAGCAAAAGAAAACAAACAAGUAAUUUUAGUGACUGCAAGAAUGGAUGCAGCAUCGCUGUUUGAUGGUGUGGCCCCUGGAGCAGCUAGUGCAGUUGUUGGGUUGGUAACACUAAUAACUACAGCGGCCACACUGUCACAAAUGAUACCUCUUUCUGACGCCCCUCUAUACAAUAAAAAUGUUCUCUUCACAUUAUUUAAUGGCGAGUCAUAUGAUUAUAUUGGAUCUCAGAGGGUGGCGUACGAUAUAUCUCGGGGGGUGUGGCCGCCGUUAUCUCCUAUCACCUCCAAGGAUAUCAAUCUACAUGUGGAAUUGGGACAACUAGGGGGUUCGUUGAAUUUGUUCAAAGACAACCCCAAUUGGCCGCUGUAUGCCUACGCGCCUUAUACAUAUGCUAUACCGCCUCAAGUUACAGAGUUUCUUGCUGAGAUGUCUUCAUACUCUCAGAGCAAUAACAUGACUAUCGAAUCAGAGUUUUCUAUAAACUUGCCGCCGUCUUCCCUACAUUCGUUUAGAAAAAUUCUUUCCAACGCAACUGAGAGCGGGGAAUUACCGGAGAUAUUGUUAGUCGACCACGUGGGGAAGUUUACGAAUAAGUUUUAUCAAUCAGCAUUAGAUGACUAUGAGAGCAUCGGUUAUACCUACCACAAUAUUACUAUCAGUAAUGAUGGAAAAUUUAUAUCAACGGACGAUUUAAUAUCGAACGGCACCAUGUCAGAGAAUGAGGCGCAAGUUAAGGUAGCUCGAGUGGCAACAUCACUCGCCCAUACAUUGUACCAACAGAUCGUUGGAACUGCGUACACUGGAAAUAUUUCAUCAUCCGCACAUUUAGUGGACGAAAUGCUGUACUGUUUCCUCCGAAGCCAGGCUUGCAGGUUGUUGGUGGCUGCGGACUACUACAGUAACGAGGACACGCCCCCUGACGAUAGGCCUGCGCCCCUGUACGUGGGAGUCGCUGCUGCGUCCACACCAGCCGCGCUAUACUCCGGCCAUCUCCUGGCUUUGCUCACGGGAACCCACUUACAAGUCAAUAGGACCGCCUGCGAUAAGAUCGGCACUCCGGGCUUCUCAUAUUACUAUCUUCGGGGUUGGAACCACAGUGGUAUUUGUAUACAAACAACAAUGAACUUCAGUCAAGCCAUCAGUCCAGCGUUUAUUAAACCAGAUUACAACAUAACAUCCGCCGAGUUCUCUACAUGGACCGAGUCUGUGUGGCUUGGUCUAUGGGCGCGUGUGUUUGUUCGAGCGGCUGGUGUGGGCGCUCGUGUGGCGGCCGCGGCCGGGGCCUUCGCCACCAUACUAGCGGCUUUCACUACCUACUGGCUGCAAAGACACGCCAGUGUUAUAUUCCUUACUCCCGUAGCAGAUAAUGGGGCAAUCCGAAGUGUAAAUUGUUAA